CGCGCUGGAGCUGGUUGUGAAGAUGGCGGACGAGGAGGCCGAGCAGGACCGUAGUCCUGAGAACAGUAUCAGUGAAACGAUUGGGGAACUCAGACAACGGUUGCAAGAACUACAAGAAGUCGUGGUUAGAGAAAGUGGCGACUCACCAGCCCAAACCUCUUCUGAGUAUUGCCAAGAGUUUUGUAAGACACUGCUGGAGUAUGCAGGCCGCUGGAGGAUAGAAGAAGAGCCUUUGGCGCUGGUGGAAGUGUACAUAGUUGCACUGCAGAGUUACUCGCAGGCCUCUCCAUACCUCUCAUUGGAGUGUGGAAAUGUUCCUCUUGUGGUUGAGAGGCUCUCACUGAGUUUUGUGGAGCUUUUGCUCUCACUGAAGAUGGAUGUUCCGGAUGUCUUAUGGGAAGAAUUCAAGUCAUCAGUGCAGUAUGCUUCCAGUAAGCUGCAGGAGAGUGGAAUCACUCAGCUGUCCCUGCUCUCUGCUUUGGGCCAGUAUGAUGGCGUUUGGUCCAACAGGGUCCUGCAAGGCCUUCUGUCCAACGAAAACCUCCAGACUGAACAAGUUGAGGAGUUCCUGGUGCAUGAGGGGCUGGUGCUGUUGGAGAUGAGAGUGAAGCAGCUAAUGAAGGAGACUCCGCUGGGGAAGGCUGCAUUGCUGGCAGAGGCGUGCUCUGAGUGUCCUGCCUUCCAAGGAAAGGGACCUUUCAAGCAGAUGUACCUUGUGUGCCUCUGUGCUACCUCAGAACAGGACCAGCUGAUGGACGAGCUUUCAAAGGAGGAUUGCCGCGAUGCAUUAGAGAUGAUCUGCAACCUGGAGUCAGACGGAGACGAGAGGGCAGCUUUCAGCUUAUGUUCUGCCUUCCUGACCCGUCAGCUUCUCCAAGGAGAUACUUACUGUGCUUGGGAGCUCACUCUGUUUUGGAGCAAGCUGUUGAAGCGAUUGGAACCAUCAGAGCAGGCCUUCCUCGACAGAUGCCGCCAGAUGUCCUUACUUUCCAAAAAUGUUUUCCACAUCCUGUUCCUCAUCAAGGUCAUCCAAUCAGAGAUUGACAACGUUGGACUUCCAGUGUGCAUCGAAAUGUGCAUAAGAGCUCUGCGAAUGGAAUCAAAUGAUGGAAACACCAAGGCCACUGUGUGCAAAACUAUUUCCUGCUUGCUUCCCACUGACCUGGAAGUCAAGCGAGCCUGCCAGCUGACAGAGUUCCUCUUGGAGCCCACAGUGGAUUCAUACUAUGCUGUGGAGACUCUUUACAAUGAACCAGAUCAAAAACUAGAGGAGGAGAAUAUGCCUGUUCCCAACUCUCUACGCUGCGAGCUCCUGCUGGUUUUUAAAACUCAGUGGCCUUUUGACCCAGAGUUCUGGGACUGGAAAACACUUAAGCGUCAUUGUCUAGCACUAAUGGGUGAAGAAGCUUCAAUAGUGUCAUCCAUUGACUUGCUGAAUGAUACUGAGGACCCCGAAGAAGAGGAAGACUUCCUCACUCAGGGGUUUACGAAUAUCCCAGACCACAUAGUCAGCGGCACCUAUGAACUGAAAGAUGUAACGGACAAGAAACAGAAAAACAGAGAAAUGAAAAAACUGAGAGAAAAAGGGUUCAUAUCUGCCAGGUUCAGAAACUGGCAGGCAUAUAUGCAGUACUGUGUGCUGUGUGACAAAGAGUUUCUUGGCCACAGGAUCGUACGCCAUGCACAAACUCAUCUGAGCGGUGGAGUAUACAGCUGCCCAAUAUGUGCUCAAACCUUUACCUCAAAAGACUCCUUGGUUCCCCAUGUAACAUCACAUGUUAAACAGUCAUGUAAGGAGAGACUGACUGCCAUGCAAACAAACAAGAAAUUGUCUGAUCCUAAAACAGCUGCCCCUGUUAUUGCAGCGUUAAAGGCCAAGACUGAAAACAAACUUCAUGAAAAUAGUGAUUCCUUAGGGAAACAUGGAGGGUUGAGUCAGAAUGCUAAUGCCAGAGUGUCCAGGUGUAACGUAGAGAGUGAUGAAAAUGUGUGUCCUGUUGGAAAAUGUAGAAGGAGCUUCAAAUUUUUCAAAAAUCUCAUUGCACAUGUAAAAGCUCACGGGGACAAUGAGGAAGCUAAGACUUUCCUCGAAAUGCAGAGCAAAAAGGUUGUUUGUCAGUACUGCCGCCGCCACUUUGUUAAUGUCACCCAUCUUAAUGAUCAUUUACAAGUACACUGUGGUGUGAAGCCUUACAUCUGUAUACAGUUGAACUGCAAGGCAAGUUUUCUGUCCAACACUGAACUCCUUGUACACAGGAAAACUCAUUCGGUUUUUAAGGCUCGAUGCAUGUUUCCAAAGUGUGGAAAGAUUUUCAAUGAGGCCUUCAAACUCUAUGACCAUGAGGCACAGCAUUAUAAAACUUUCACUUGUAAAUUUGUGGACUGUGGAAAGGUAUUCCAUUCACAACACCAGCUGGAUUUGCACCACGGGGGGCAUGCCACUCAAGAAGAGGAAAGUACGUCUUCUGAACAGUUCUCACAAAAUAUGCAGCCAGGCCCUUCACUCAUUGAACAAAUACUUUCCAUUCGCACUCCCAUUAAACAAGAGAAUUCCCAAGAAAACCGGAGCACCGAGAGUGCUGUUGCUUCAAAUAACGAAAGGCCGCCAGUUUCAAUUGACGGUAUGCUGAACUCUUCACAAGCACCGGUGGAAACCUUGGGACAAUACAGAGUCAAACAUGAACCACAAAACUCACCAGUCUCGACCAACAGUCAGACACAGAGUUUGAAUAAUUCUGUGAUUCAGCCUAUGAAUUCCCAUUUGUUGGAUCCUCAUGGACACAGACAUGGUUCAAGUGCUCAUUAUUUUGAUAGUAUGAGACCCGCCCUACAGAAUCAAACGGUACCUCCAUUUGAAGAAAAUUUAGUCUGGCAAGCCCAGCAACAAAUGUUCCCCGGUAAUGUAAAUACGGGAUCAAUAAGUUACAACUCCGACUGCAACUUAGCAUUUUCAGGGCAGCAAGGGCCAAUGUGUAGUAGCAACCUACCAUUAACACUGCCCCAGAACUCCAUAGAGCCAGCAAUGUCACAACCACUUCCUCCAACAGUAACCCCUCAGCCACUGACUGGCAACAGAUCAGAGAACUCUGUGACAUCCUCCACUUGCAAAGGUGCCCCUCCAGGACAGAGAGAGCGAUUUCACUGUGCAUUUGAAACAUGCACAAGGCACUACAGCUCUUACAGAAGUGUUGCCAAGCACAUGAAAACGGUUCACCCAGAUUUCUAUGAGCAAUGGAAAGUUGCUCGAACUAAAAUCAAGAUAACCUACGCCCAAGCACCGGGCACAUCAUCUGUUGGACAUCUCGGUUCAGUUGCCUCAGUUCACAACCAGCAGGGCAACAGAGUUCCAGCUGGUGGAGUUCAAAGGCAGAACGUUAUCCAAUCGCCUCCUUAUGUUAAUAUGGGUACAAGCUCAAACUGUACUACUUUACAUUCCCAUUCCUCAUCUGCCCACAACCAGAAUGCUUCACUCGUGAUGGAAAACGUUUUAAAUCCCAUUGUUCUCUCUCAGCUAAGAAGUGAUACAAAUCCAAUAACUACGCACACCCAGGUUUCAGGAAGUCAAAAUUGGCACCCUGGAAGUAAAUCAAUUCAAAACUGUGGCUCUUCCCAAGUCUAUCCAUCUAACGUACAAGUGAGGCCACAAGUAGAUUCUACCAGUGCUGCUCUGCCACUUACUGCCCCAUCUUGCUCUAUGAUUGGCUCAACAAUGAACAGACCAGCAGAGUCAAUGCAGUCAACACUUAUGGAAAAUGGGUCCCAGUCAGUUUUUCCCUUGUACAUGGACGAUGCUAAGGAAGUGUCUCAACAAGCUGAAGACAUUACGCCAUAUGCUUCACAGAGGCAAAGCAGUUUAGUCUCUGGUUCCAGAGCACCAGAACAAACAAAAUCAAUGCAAAAUCAUGUGCAGUCUCAUUUUUCCUCUCACAACCAACCUCAAAAUAACACAGUCUUCUCUGAAAACAAUCCUGAAAAUCAAAAGCGAGCCAAAAGAAGCCGGAGGACCAAAUGGCCAGCUAUUAUCAGGGAUGGCAAAUUUGUUUGUUGCAGGUGUUUUAGACAAUUUGAUAGUCCGAAAUCUCUUGGAGGCCAUUUGUCCAAGCGUACAAUCUGCAAACCGUAUGACGAGGCGGAACUUAACACAGACCUGCCAGCAUCAUUUCUUGACCUUCUCAAUUCAGAGCAAACGGUUAGCACUGCUCAGCCACAGUUGUCUUACAAUCCUGCUGCUGUUUAUCAGGAGAAGCCUAGUCAGUCAGUAAUAAAUGUUUCAACUGCCACAAAAGAUUACCCCACCCCUAAUUAUUCACAAAGUAAUUUGCCAGAAUAUGGGACUGGUGUGUCAAAUGAUGACAUUCUUAAACAAAUCAUGGCUGAAUCCAACAUGGAGGAUCUUUUUGUGAACACACCUGCUUCCCAGCCAUUGUUUCAAAACUCUUGUGUUCCCUAUUUAGCUGGAGAACGCUUGCCGGGGAGCUCAGUCAUACAGCAUACAGAAAAUGUCCAUCUGAAGCCAGAGGACAACUCGUAUACUUCAGCCCAUUAUCCUCAGUCUAGUGCUGAUACAUUUGCUGGAAGGGAAUUCCCUGACCCACUUCUUUCUCAAAUUCUCACAGAAAACUCUGACAAAACCGUUCAGACCGCAGAUUCAAACGCAUUGAUACAAACACUGUUACCUGAUGGUCAGCUUAGUCCAACAAGUGGCAAGCAGACUGAGACGCAAAGGAAGACUGCUGAGCAAGAUAUUAAAAAGAGACUGCGGGAGCAGAUUUUGGCUGGCGACUUUCAACGUAGAAACACCAUGUGCCAUCUAAGCAACACUGAUGCCAAUUCAAAAAGUCCCAUCUCUUUUGGCCCAAUGAGCUGUCCUUCCGAUGAUUAUGGACUUAAUCAAAUGUCUUGUGAUGCAAAGAGUGACUCAGCUAGUCAAGAGAACUCUACAAUCAUGGCAGAAACCUCUGACGAAAUUGAACACCUACUGAACACUCAGAGCUUUACUUGUUUCAGAGAGUCCUUCACCCCACAGCAGGAGGUACUGAGCCCCACAGGCGUCCUGGCAAAUGAUGCAGAUCUUGAGCCAACUCAGUUAUCUGCCAGUCAGCAACAGCGGAUGACAGAAAUUCAAAGUGCAUUUGAAAAGCUCGACUUGGUCAGAGAAAUAUCUGUUCAGGUGUCAGCUUCCCUGAAACAAUGUAGCAAUAGUACAAACAGCCCGACGGGAUCGACUAAGGUCAGCGUCAAGCCGUUUGCCUGUGAGUAUGAGAACUGCACAUUUAGUUCCAUGUCAAGUGACGCACUUUGGAAACACCUCUCCAAAACUCACAACUACACACUGGAGAUGGUGAAUGUGGUUAAAAAAAGAUAUGGCCAAUAUGCUCCUUUCAAGUGUCAAAAAUGUAGUAAGAGAUUCACUCGUAACUCAAACCUCCGCGCUCACUACCUGUCGGUUCACAAAUUAUCAGCUAAAGAAAUUGCAGAUCUAGAUGUGAAGCGCAGAGAGGCCAAAGCUGCUGCUAUUCAAGACUGUCUUUCUCCAGCGGCUCAAUCAACAAUGGCUUCUCAUUCAUCAAUGGAGAAAAGAACACAUCUGUAUUCACCCCUAGAUGCUGUAAAACGUGAUAACACAUUACAGGCAUUUGUGUCACUUACUAACAUGGACAUAACAAAUCAGAAAUUUCAAGAUGACAAUCGCUCCACAGUCAUUCGCCCCUUGCAAACAGAGCCCAUGCACAACCAAGCAAUGACUCCACCAGUGCAGGCCCAUACCUCUGCAUCAACCUUUCAGUCAGCACACACAGGGAUGGCAGCACAGCAGUGGUCUGAAGGACCACAAAGAAACCUGCCCAUGGUGCCAACUCGACGCGCACAUGGUCAGCAAGGUCGAGCCCGUUUGCCCAAAGUAUCAACUCUUCUCACUCAGGCUUUAUCUUCCACGCCUCAAGCUAAUGGGCCUCGAUCUCUCAAAAAACAAUCGGCUGUCAACAGGCAGGCAAUAGUUAAGCCAAGCAUAGACGGAACCAAGAAGACGAAAGGGAAAAAGCCAAACUUAGGUGAUGUCAUGAAUCCGUACAGACCAUAUCGCUGCGUUCAUCAAGGUUGUGUGGCAGCCUUCACCAUCCAGCACAAUCUGAUCCUCCACUACAGGGCUGUUCACCAGUCCGCUUUGUCAGCAUUGGAGGUGAACAAAGAGCAGGACCAGAGUGAUGGACUGGAUGAAAUGAUGGAUCAUGAUGAUGAUGAUGAGGAGGAGCCCGAGGCAGAGAUCCCACAGAUUUCGGAAUUCAGAUGCCAAGUCAAAGACUGCUCCCGGGUUUUCCAAGAAGUUCCAAACCUUUUGCAGCAUUAUCUUCAGCUCCAUGAAUUCAGUCUUGAUAAGGUUGGCAGUCUCUUGUCCAGUAUCAAGCUUGGCAAGUUUGCUUGUAGCCACCAAGAAUGCACAGCAACCUUCACUGCUUUCUGGAAGUAUAUUGGGCAUGUCAAAGAACAGCAUAAAGAUAUGAAGUUGGCCAAACCCGAACAAUUGAAUGGCUCAUUCAAGUGUGAAAUUGAAGGGUGUGACCGUUCGUAUGCCACAAAGUCAAACAUGCUCAGACAUGUCAUGAAAAAACAUCAGGACCUGUACCAGCCUAAACUAAAGAGUCAGCAUAUAAAGGAAGAGGUGAUGAAGCAGAACUCUAAGACUUUGCAUUACCAAAUUACCAAGACAAGUAAUGGAAAGGAAAACAUUGAGAGCAAUAAAAAGAUCCUACAGAGGGGGAGUGACACAAAGAGAGUUGGCAAGGCAAAAAACAAUCACUGGACUAAAUAUGGAAAACCCUCCUUAAAAUCUAAAGUGGAGGCAUCUUCAAUGUGCACUAAGAAAUUUCCUCUACAAUACCCCUGUAUGAUUAAAGGUUGCGAAUCGGUCACAAAAUCAGAACGGAGCAUAUUAAAACAUUACAUGGGACACGGGCUGUCAGAGAAGUACCUGGAACAGCAAAGGAGUCACUUCAUAUUCUGCAAAAAGUUUCCUCGGCAGAAGUGCCGCUCGAUCAGGAGCGACGAUUCCAAAUCAGACAACACCUCUGACCUGUCGGAGAACGAGGUGACGGUAGACACUGACCUGGAAGGAGGGGAAUAUGGAUAUUCAAAGCCUGUCCUACGCAAAAGGACUACACCAGGGUCCCCCGCUACAUUGUUCGACAGCAAAUUAUCAAACGAUGAAAGUUCCGAUGGCUCUGUGGUGCUCAAACGUAAACGAGGACGUCCACGGAAACUGAUCGGCAAAAUAGUCAAACGCAAGAGAAUUCCUCGUACAACCAAGAUUGACGUAGUUUACAGCAGGGACGAUGAAUCGGACUCCUCUUGUCCUGCACUAAUGCAGGAUGACAAUGCUCCACUGGCCUCUUUUAAACCCAUGGGAUUUGAAAUGUCUUUCUUAAAAUUCCUGGAACAGUCAAAUAAAUGUGAACAUCCCUUGGCGAGGAAGGUCGAUGUACCGGAGACGUGCAGAAAAACAUCCAGCACCUGUGUCAGGUUCAGCAACCGGCAGUAUUUGAAAUCACUUAGUAAGGUGAAAAUAAUUCUAGACGGGGCCUUUUCUGGUGUCUCUGAGCUGAUGCUGAAGCAGCUGCAGGACAUGCGGCCCACAGUGGUAUUGUAAAAAUGACUUUUUUUUGCUGUUGUUUUUGUAAAGCAGAAUCUCAGGACUAGAAUGAGUAAAAUCUGCUGCGGACUGGUGUCCUACAUAUGACACAUUUUUUACACAUCCAGUUAUUGAAAAAAAAGUUGUUUUGAAUUAUACUGUAUUAUCUGUACAAUUUCUGUCUUUUUUAUGGAAAAGUAUAUAGCAUGUUUUUAUUUAUGGACUAAUGUGUCAAAAGGUUACCUGAAAAUUCAAAUAUGACAUCAACUUUUUGCUGUCUUAAUUAUCCCUGUGGGACUUGCAGAUGAAUAGACUUUGAAAUGGAUUGUAUUGUUGUGUAGUUUGUGAUUCCAAGAUGUUGAUUAUUGUGCGUUGGUUAUAUAGUCUCUGAAAUCACCCACUGCCACCAGCAGUCUUACUAUUAAAUGAACAGUUUUUUACAACCAGUUUGAUUGUUUUUCAUCAUUUGUCCUUUUGUUAGAGUCACUGCAGUUUAGGAAGUCCUUAUAUGGUGUGAAGUUUGGAGCUGCUGCAUGCACACUGAAUGGAAAGUGAUUUUAUGGAAGUUCUUGAAUUAUAAAAAGUAGGCUUGAUGCUGUAGUUAUAUGGUAUCUGAGCUAGAACAUGGGUCGGCUUUGUAUUAAAUACUCAUCAGUA